CAUUAAUCGGUUAAACUUUGCUAAAAUCAACGCAAUGAAGUUCGUGACAGUUUUGGUGUUGCUCGUCGGAAGCUUUGCGCUCAGCUGCUCGGGAUAUUCUGUGGAUCCUUCUUUGAAACUUUCAGAGAAACUUAAAAUAAAUGCAAAUCAAGAGGAUUUAGUGGUUCCAGAAUUGAAUUUUGAAAAUGAAGACACUGAUUUUGAUGAUGACGACGAGGUGCCUGAUGUGGAAGAACUUAUCGAAAGGCCUGAUGAUAUAACAAUCGAGCAAUCUGAAAUCGAACAACGAUCAGGUUGUAGUUUUAGCUUGAUGAAUGCGGGAAGUCCCCAGCCACUAUUCCUUAACCCUGGCACUUCUAAGAUCUAUCCAUUUAACGAUGUUGGAGCUAUGGAAUUCACACCUGGACAGAAUGUUGAAGUUUUCUGUCCAUCCACCUUCUCCAAUCCGUCAGGCAAAUCUGGUAGUCUCACAGCAACUUGUGUAUCUGGAACAACUUUCAAGAUCGGUGGAUCCAAUUACGAUUUAGGCAAAGUUCUUUGUUCAUCUUGGAUUAGUGCUAAGGCUCGUAAAACUGGUGCAAGAUGCAAUGGAGGAGUUAUUGUCGAAACCGGGUUUUCUGUUGGAUCCCGAUUUGUCAAGCAGUUGGAAAUAUGCUUUGACGAAGAAUUAGAAGUGACUCGGUAUGUCUUCCACACUCUACAACCUGGAAGUAACUAUUUCCAGAAUAGCGUUGCUCGUCCUGAUUUCGCUACUGCAGGAUUCUUUGGUGGCAAAAAUGUUGACAAAUUGUAUAAGCAAGCAACUCAGACGCAAACCCUUAACAAUGAACUUGGCGGAGUAGCUGAUAGUUACAUAAACACCAAGACAAAUGUUUUCCUCGCUCGUGGUCAUAUGGCUGCCAAGGCUGAUUUCGUCUAUGGCACCGAACAAAGGGGAACUUUCUUGUUUUUGAAUGCAGCUCCUCAAUGGCAGGUGUUCAAUGCUGGCAACUGGCAGAGAGUUGAGGACAGUGUCAGGAAAUGGGUGUCAAACAAUAAACUUUACGUUAACUGUUGGACUGGGGUCUAUGGUGUGACGACUUUGCCAGACCACAAAGGAGUUCAAACUGAAAUUUACCUGGACUAUGAUAGGAAUCAUAAUGGUUUGAUUCCAGUUCCAAUGCUCUACUUUCGAGUAGUGAUUGAAUCUUCAACAAAGAGGGGAGUAGUCUUGAUUGGUGUAAACAACCCACAUUUGACAAUGGAACAAAUCAAGAAAGAUUAUAUUUUGUGCAAUGAUGUAAGCAACAAGAUCACUUGGAUAAACUGGAAGAAGAACGAUAUUAAAGCUGGAUAUUCGUAUGCAUGUGAAGUUUCUGAUUUUGCCAGAAAGAAUCCAAACUUGCCAAGGUUUGAUGUUACUUCGUUGUUGUAUUAAAUUUGGCUGAAAAAGCAGGCAUGAUUAUGAAUAUUAUGUUUAAGGAAAUAAAGUUAUUAUUGUGAUUUGUAUUAUUUA